ACAGCUUACUCCUCCCCAGGCCCGCCAAGCCACCGCGCCGCAGCACGACUCCUCCCCCUCCCCUCCCUCCCCAUCCCCUCGGGCUGAACGCCUCUCGCCGCCGGCGAUCGGAGCAGCGCCAGCGCCCCCUUCCGGCGCCGGCAAGGGCCUUCUGCGGACAUGGGGACGCGCCACCUCAUCACCGGCCAGAACAACUGCGCCCCGGACGGGGCAUCCUCCUCCAACCCAUUCGGCGCCCUCGCCAACACCCUCCUCGGCCAGUCCAGCAAAGCGGAGUCACUAAAGGGACUUCCUGGAGCCUCAGUUAAUGUUCCAACUACGUCUGAUUAUAGCACAGCUCCACUGUCUACUGUCCCUGGCUCUGAGAAUGAGUUCAAGCAAGAUCAACGACCAUUUGCACGGGGUGCCGACUUCAUGCGUGGGGGUCCUGCUAAUGAUUGGGUUGAAUCUUUUCGCCCUCCGGGGCAUUCUGCAUUUGGAGGGCCAGAAACAAACUUUGCAGAGUUUGAGCAAAUUUAUAACAAUGCAGGCCCUACCUUCGGACCGGCCUUGGAUGGUCCGCCACAAAGGGUCUUAUCUGGUGUUCUGCAUUCUUUUCUUUCAAGUGGCCGAGCUGGUGUGCCAUUUCAACCUGUCCCAGUACCAGCUCUUGGUUUGUCCGAAGCCGACAAACAAUGUAUACGUGAUCGCAGCUGCAUAAUGGCACGCCAUAUUUUGGCCGAUCAACCUGAAGAAUAUAUACAAGCACAGGUGAAUACACUGCUGCAUUCUCUUGAUAUUGACAAUAGUCAUCGAAUGAAAAAUCCCCUGCAUGGGCCGUACCCAGAGAUGGAGGAGUACUGGAAUCAGUCCCAAAGUGCUUUGAGAUCUGGCCCAAUGCACAAUGCUGCAAAUAAUUGGAUUAGUGAGUUCGGCAAGCAAAACAACAACCCUGAGGGUUGGAUCACUGAGUUUGGCAAGCAGAAUAAUAACCCUGAGGGUUGGGCGCACUCUUUUGAGCAGCAAUAUGGUCCCAAUGGAUGGGCCUCUGAGUUUGAACAGGUCAGAGCCUUCUAAAAGCCUGUUUGACAU